AGCCAUCAUUGAUUCCAUUUUCCAUUAUCGAGUUGUUCGUUCGCAGGGUCAGUCGGUAGAAUUUUAUGAAAAAUCAUUAAAAUUUAUUUCAAAUUCUCUCUUAAUUGAGAGAUACCUACUCAAGCGUUUACCACCACGUAGGUAAGCGCCUAUACAUUUACAGAAAAAACGGCAAAAUGCAGUUCAACGGAUUUCACAAUCAACAUCCUAUUUUCAGACCUCGACUUGACCGGAAUGAACAAUUCGGUAAAAUGCCAUACUAUAAUGGCGGUGUUCCUGACUUUGGAGGGCCAAAAAACUUUAAUCCCAGGAACAUGGGUAAUAAGACCUUUAGGCCAAGAGCUGAUUUCAAUGGAGUAAGAAAUGACUUCAAUAACCAGAAAAAUGAAAAUCAAAAUGAAUUUGGUGGCCCCAAGGAAUACAGACCAAGGAAUAAUUUUAACAAUCAGCAACAAAAUAAGAAUGAAUAUGAUGGAGAAAAAAGCCCAGGAGGUAACCAGUUCUACAAUGGGCAAAAUGAUUUUGGUGGGCCUAAGCAGCAGGGUUUCCAGAAAAACAACUAUGGACCUAAGAGUUACAAUGGCAACCAAGGAAACCCUAAUCAACAAAACUAUGGUCAAAGAAAAUCAUAUAGCCCCACCAUGGGACAACAAUCAAUGGAGUUUAAGGGACGAAAACUUCAGAGCAUGAAGGCUAAGCAUCCUGGAGACGCUUUGGUGAAACCCAUGUGGGACCUGUCCAAACUUGGCCCAAUCAUGAAAGAUUUCUACAAGCCACAUGCCAAUGUGGAAGGGCGCACCGAAGAGGAUGUUCAGAUGUUCCUGGCUACAAAAGAAAUAACUGUUAGUGGCAACAAUGUGCCUCGUCCUAACCAGAUUUUUGAGGAGGGCAAUUUCCCUGACCAUAUUUUGAAUACUAUCAAAGAGCAAGGUUGGGAAGAACCAACAGGUAUUCAGGCUCAAGGGUGGCCUAUUGCUUUAUCUGGACGUGACAUGGUGGGAAUUGCUUCUACUGGUUCGGGUAAAACACUUGCUUACAUGCUACCUGCUGCGGUUCACAUUGUGCACCAACAACGAAUUCAACGAGGCGAUGGCCCUAUUGUUCUCAUAUUGGCGCCCACUCGAGAGCUGGCGCAACAGAUCCAAUCCGUCGCUCAAGCUUACAGUGCCAAUGGCUGCAUCCGUAAUACUUGCAUUUUUGGUGGUUCACCAAAAGGACCUCAAGCCAGGGACUUGGAAAGGGGAGUUGAAAUCGUCAUUGCCACUCCGGGUCGUUUGAUCGAUUUCCUUGAACGUGGAGCUACUAAUUUGCGUCGCUGCACUUAUUUGGUGCUGGAUGAGGCCGACAGAAUGUUGGACAUGGGUUUCGAGCCCCAGAUUCGUAAGAUCAUUGAGCAAAUCCGACCCGAUCGUCAGGUUUUGAUGUGGUCCGCCACCUGGCCCAAAGAGAUUCAAGCUCUAGCUGAAGAUUUCCUGAAUGAUUAUAUCAAGGUUAACAUUGGCUCCCUAAAUCUUUCUGCUAAUAACAAUAUCAAGCAGAUUGUUGAAGUUUGUGAAGAACAUGAGAAAGAGAUGAAACUUGCUAACCUUCUUAAAGAGAUUUCUUCCGAAAAAGAUAACAAGGUUAUUGUGUUUGUGGAAACAAAGAAAAAGGUGGACGACAUUGCGCGCGCAGUGCGCCGCAACGGGCACAAGGCGCUGGCCAUCCAUGGAGACAAGUCGCAGCCGGAGCGCGACGCUGUGCUCACAGAGUUCCGCAACGGAGCCACCACCAUCUUGAUCGCCACAGACGUGGCUGCGCGCGGCUUAGACGUCGAAGAUGUUAAAUUUGUUGUGAAUUUCGAUUACCCGAAUUCAUCUGAAGAUUAUAUUCAUAGAAUAGGACGUACUGGUCGUUGCCAGCAAUCGGGAACAGCGUACACAUUCUUCACUAGUGGCGACGCUCGCCAGGCGCGCGGCCUUGUAGCUGUGCUGCGUGAAACUGGUCAAAACCCUCCGGCCAAGCUUAAUGAUAUGGCCAGGAACAACAACAGUGGAUCAGGCCGCAAUCGCUGGCAACAAAGAAAAGAGAAUAACAGCGGAUCUAGCUCGCCUCGUCAGCAGAACAACCAGUGGAACAAUAAAAUGGCCAAUGUUAAUCCUGAGGACAGCCAGAAUAACUAUCAAAACCGCAACCAGAACCAACAAGCGCCUCGCUUCACAAACCAGAACCAGAACAACCAGGGUUAUAGACAGAACAACUAUCAGAAGCAGGUUCCAUUCCCCAGCCCCACUGUGUUUGAAUCGAUGGGCAAUUACCAAGGUGGUUACACCAAUGGAUACCAAGGCAACUACAACAACCAGAAUGGAUACGGCCAGCGUCAAUUUACAAAUACCCGCAAUAAUGGACCCCAAUAUCGCAACAAUAACUCCACCAACGGAAACAAAUCUGGCGGAUCCGGUUCUUCAUAUGGAUCACCGCCACCUCAUUUCGCCACCCCCGCUCAUUAUCCCCAAAUGCACCCACACCCUCAGGAUAUGCUUGGUGGCAAGUACUACGGCGGCGGCGUGGGCGGCGGCGCGCCGUGCGGCUACCAGGCGGCGGUGGGCGCGGGCGUGCCCUACCCGCACCUGCCGCCCGGCCCGCUGGUCUACGCCGCGCCCAUUCAGCAGUAACUGACCACGCACCUAGCUAUUUAUACUACCAGCCGCUGGUAACCUUCCAGAGCUCUUAGUGUCUCGCUUAAAGAAAUAUUUUUCAGAACCUUUAUAAUUGAGCUCUCUUGACGUUUUCAAAGAUUUAAAUUUGGAUGUACUUAGCGAGUUGGUCGAUGUCUAAAUUAUUACCAUGUUGAAGGUAAGUAGAGACGGGAUGAUUGAUGUUGUGAAGUAUCACUUCUAUCCAAAAUAGCUUAAUGUCAAUGUUUGAUGUUAUAACUAAAGAUAUAAAUGUCUUAAAUGUAAUGAAUAAUACGCUAUUAUUGUAUGUUUUAUGAAAACUUCAUAUAGAAAAUUAUUCAAUUUACUUGAUGUUGUAGUUGUCUACUUAACAUUAGUCAUCCCCUAUUAAAAGAUGUCUCUCCUUGUAAGACAUUAUUUCAUUACUUUUUUUUAAUUUCCUUAUUUUAGAUUAUUACACGAUAGAUCUGAAUGAAAACUUUUCCAAUGUCAUGCCUAAAAGUUACUAGAGCAAAUAAUUGGUUUGAUUGAUUUAUAUUUACUAUUGAUUGGUAAAAUUUAACUUUAUAUGUAUGCAGCUGUAUGCUAAAUGUUGAUUUAUUUUUCCUAUUCUCUUUCAGAUCCAUUUGAAGUAAUAAUAUAUGUAUACUAUGUGUGUUAGAUUUAAUAACUUUGGGCUCAACUGUUGACCAUGCACUGCUGUGUAUUUAGUAAUAACAAUUAUAACUGACAUUAACCGAUAAUGUUAUUAAACGGUGUAAGUUCUCAACCUUGAAAACACCUCAUUGAUUAAAAUAUUCUGAUUCAAACUGACAUUCAAAAUUUAAUAAGAAUUUUGUAUAAUUUAUCAGAUUGGCGUAUUUUCAUGUAUAAAAUGUUUAUAACAUGAAUAGGUGUGAUGGUCAACAGUCCGGGGCGAGUAGGACGGUGGAUGGAUGGAGCAACUUGUCAUCCACAUUAGAUUGUAAUCAUUAUAUUUGUUAGAGUAGUCGGUGUGGGUACCCUCAUGUGUAAUCCCGGGUGCCUUUCGUUUUUAAAUGUCUGUAUGAUGUACGAAAUGCACGAAACAUGUAGAAGAUGAGAUAAAAUUUUAGGAAGGGGAGGGCUUUCAAAUGGCAGAUAUAUUUUAUAUAAAUUAUUUUAUUGUUAAAGACCUUUACCAGUGAAACUUACGGGACAACUUAGUAGUAGAAAAAUUUUAAAAAUGCUUUUGAUAUAUUUCAUAAACAACAAAUCUGUAUUGCCAGAUAAAAUUGUGAAUAUUUUUCUUACGUAAAAAUAUGAUGUCAAUGACAUUUCAAGUCACUGAUUUCGAAGUUAUUUUUAUUACGAUUAGAUCUUAAAGUUGAGUAUUACGUGUAGGGGUAUUUAGUCUUACGUCGGUGCGACCUGAGGUGAACAGCUGGUUCUUGAAUGCUAAACAAAUUGAUUCUGCCAUUCUCAAAAAUGUAGCAAGAAUGUAAAUACAUUGCAUUUAACUUAGGGAGAUUAGUAAUUUGAGCAUUAUAAAUAAUCAAACGAUGGUUAUUUUCUUUUCUUAGCAAAAUAAGUGUUUUCUUCAUAUUUGUUUUUUUCGAUUACUUUUACAUAAUGUAAUUUCACAUAUUCGUCUAGUUAUUAACUGGAGUUUCUUUGUACGUAAAGGGGUUCUAAGGGCUAUGACAAAGAAAUAGUCAAUCGGUACAAAGUAGGCAAAGGUUUGAGUUUGUUUUUUAGAAACCCAUUACUGUCCAAAGAGUAAAAAUCUGUGAUAUUUCAUUACUAUAACCUGUCGUUGCGUUGGUCAAUUGUUAUAAUACAUAGAAACAGUUCUUGUGCGCACGGAACAUGUUUCACUAGACAAAAAUAUAUUUUUUGACUAUUUGAACGAAUUUCAUGAAUGUUUGUGACAACAAAGUUUGCAAGUCGUUCACAGAUAUAAUAUAAUAUGAUAGAUGUAAGAUUUAAUAUUUUAUUGUUAUUCAGUUUAGUUCUCAGUUUGCCGCGAGGUGACUAAAUUAUACCAGUUCGGAAGGACGUAAACGUUAUUAUCUGUGAGCCCGUGUUGAGCACGUCUCAGGAGCGGUUUGUAACAGCACAGAGCCAGGGUGACCGACGUGUUCGUGAAUCUCGCUACUUGAACAUAACCUUUGCGAGAUUCGCUUCAUUAUGAAUGUACAUUAAGCGGAAGAAUGUGUAUUUGUGCAAAACAUCAUCUGAAAGAUGAUCUUCCAGCGGCGGGCCGCCUGCCCGCGCGGGCAGCGCUGUCGGCGGGCGGGCCUGGGUAGUGCGUACGUAUAGAUCGGCAAGCGUGUCAAGUUUGGUCGCGGAUUGCAGGUAGCUCCUGUUUGUGUACAAAGUACUGCACCCACCUCUACUAAACAACUGUGAUAAUAACACUAAGUAGCGUAGCAGGCGAUUUAUAUACUAGUUACGUCCAUGGGAAGGAAUGACAUCAUAUCUGACAUAUUGUAUUGUGAUAGUAAAUAUAUCGCGACGUCGUUUCAAUACGUUAUGGUUAAACUUUUUCUCUAAACAAGACUGAUUAUAAUUAUUUCUAAUUGAAUAUUUUAUACAUGUUCCACUUUGACUGAAUGGGAUUAAGGUGUUUGUAUUUAUAUUGAUAGCAUUCUCGUGCUGUGUGUUUAUUUUUCCAAAAUUUAUUAUUCACUAUGUUGGAUAUGUGUCAAAUAGCCUUUCUAAGCGGUCACCGAGAUCCAGAAAAUUGAUAAAAGUCAUUCAAAUGCGUUGUUUCAUUUAAUGUGAUGGAAAAUGUUGUUGACAAAGACAGUGGCGCGACAGUAUGAAGCUGUGUUAGAGUUAUAUUAUUAUUUGUUGUUAAUUUGCGAAAUUUUAUUUAACAACCGACAUUACUUUUGAUAAUAGGUUCAUGGUUUCACAGAACAUUAAGAAUUAUUUUCUCAAAAUUUGGAGUUUGUGAAAAAUAUACAUAGAUUUUUAAGUAUGUGGCAAUGCAGAUCUUCAUAAAUAUUGAUUCUAUUAACGAAGAAGUACAUAGUUUAUAUUUAUUCAAUUAUAAAAUAAAUGGAGAGCGCAGAGGCUCCUUAUUAAACUGUCCCAAAGGGAAGUCUUCUGAAUGUUUCUGAGAAGUGCAUUUCUUCUAUGUAAUACAGUAUUAAAUUCCGAUUAAUAAAUUAAUGUAUAA